AUGAACAAUAGGGAAAUAGAAGAAGAACUUGAAAGUGAUGAUGAGUACCCAUCAUCAUAUAAUGAGAGCCCUACACCACCAGCAUAUGAAAAUGACUAUAGAUAUGAUACUAUUGUAUUUGGAUGGAUAGAUAAGAUGCCUAAAAAAUCACAUACACCAACUAAGAUGAAUCAAAAACAUAAUAAGAACCCUAUACAAGUGGUAGAUCAGUAUGACCAUAGAUUAGAUUAUAUAGCAUGUGGAAAUACAUAUAAGGUGCCUCAGAGAACAUGUACACAAAACAAAAUUGAUCGAGAUUAUAAUAAUCGCCCAUCACAACCAUUAUAUCAGAAUGGCCGCAGAGUUGAUCAUGUUGUAAGAAAUAAAGUGCAAAGGUCAUAUACACCCUAA